UUAAACAGACCAGUAACCGUGAAAUAGUUACAGCGACAGAUUAAACCGAGUAUAAGAAAGAUUCACCAUUAACCGUUUUACAGGAGCAAAAACAACUUAGAGACAGGUCAUAGCAUACAAGUCACGAAAAACUUAUUUAGAGAAACAUAGCUGUCAUGUAAAUACACGUAUUGAAACGUUGUAUGUGAAUUAUAUGUAAAGUUAUUGAGUACCUGUUUGUUCAGGUGUUGGAGUAUCUUAUAAUACUGUUUAAGAAAAUACAGAGUUACGUGUAGAAACGAUGUAGCUGGAUUUAUUAAAACCAGAUACAGAGGACACUGUUGUGUUGUUUCUUAAUAACAGAAUCUUUAAGGAUAAACAAGAAUAUACUGGACAGUUUGACAAUCAGUGAAGUUUUAUCAACUAGAUGUAAAAAUAAGAUGACAGAUCUACUUCGGCUGUCUACAUGUGUAUUUGACAAUCAGUGUAGUUUUAUCAACCAGAAGAAGUAAAAUAAGAUGACAUAUCUAUCUCGACUAUCUACACGUGUGUUUGUUUUAAUUACUGAAGUUUAAAUCUAAAACACGAACACCACUGCAACCUUUUCCACAUAAUCAAGUGAACUUUAAAAACAGUCAGCCAACAAAACAUUAAAUAAUACGUGAUACCCUGUACUAACUGUAACCCGAGGACAAAAUUACUAUAAGGUAAUAUAUCACCAACAAUUGAUCUUCGAUCUAAAGUGACGAUUUACAGAAUGUUAAAUUUGACAAUAUUAAAUAAUGAUAUCUGAGAUUAAUUAGUAUUUAUUGGACAAAUACUGUGAUAUGUAACAAGGACGAAACUGUGUAAUGUAUUGGAAGUGACAUUUUAUUGGAUCGUGGAUAUAAAUUAAAUUAAAUUCGUCCGUCCAGUAUUUAUGAACAUUACAUGACAAGUAUACACUAAUAUUAUCACUGAUGUUAUUUCAACUGCUGGUAUUCGGUAUAGACAACUUGAAGCUGACUGUAUUUGGUUUGUCGAUGUUUGUCUGUCUAAAACUUUGUAUAACGUUGUGUAACUAGAGAAAUAUUUGGAGAAAAAAUUCAAAGUCAUUUUUAUCCUAAAUUAAAAUUACUGUUCAAAACAAGAAAUAGAAGUGAUAAAUGAUUAUAAUUGUAAACUUGAAAGUGAAUUCAUGAGUGCCAACUGUGGUGGGUUUAAUGAAAGACGAUCGGUGAACAAUAAAAUAGAAUAGGAUAUUUAUUAAGGUAAUUUUUACCUGUGGACAUCAAGUACAGGUGUGAUCAGGUAACUGAUUCAAGUUUCAUUCAAAAAGUAAAAUACUGCAUCAGAUUUCAAUUCGUGAUAAAAUCGAGUUUUUAUAGUUAGUUAAUAUCCCACGGUGUUAGUAUUCAUGAUAAACCCGAGGUUUUAUAGUUAGUUAAUAUCCCAUGGUGUUAGUAUUCAUAGGAGUUAUAUUAACCACGUGUUUCAUGUGAUAGAGACGUCAUAAAGAUCGAAAACCAUCCUAAUCCAGAUCAUCUAACCUCGAUAAACUCUAACCGAAUAAAGUUAUAUUAACAAAGCAGGAACGGUGUUCAUAUAAUUUUAACAAUGGCCUGUGUUACUUUACUAAUUAUAGCAUUCGGUGCCAUGAUGGCGAUAACAAAUGUGUCAGGCCAGAUCGUUGAAGAACUGUAUUAUGAUUUGCAGGAGGAGAGGGAACCGCCAGUUCGUAUCGCUGAUCUAUCGACAAACUCUAACGUUUCAUCUGUGAUAUCAUCUGGGGAACUUCCGUUACUCAGUUUCCGGUUAUUUUCAUCCGCUGGAAGUACCAAGUUCCAUUUAGACAAUUCAACAGGGAUUCUUUCUUCAAGGGAAAGGAUAAACAGAGAAACGGUUUGUCGGUUUCAAGUUUUGUGUGUAUUAACACUGAAUGUAGGAAUACAGUCUUUGUUGGUCGGAUCAUCUUUUUUCCAAACGUUAACAGUGUUUGUCCGGAUAGUGGACAUUAAUGACAAUUCACCUAUAUUUCUCCGAUCAUCGUCUGAGCUAUCGUUUUUAGAAUCGUCGCCACCAGGGACGUCAUUUUUAAUAGAUGGCGCCACAGAUUUAGAUACAGGGGCGAAUAACUCCGUUCAGUCUUAUUCACUGGUGCCAGCUAGUGAUGUAUUUAAUAUACAAACACAAAGAAAACUGGACGGUAGUAUGGAAGUAAGCAUUGUUUUAAAAUCACCUUUAGAUAGGGAAACUGUUUCUCGAUAUGAAUUAACAGUUGUGGCACAAGAUGGCGGCCAACCGAGACGAUCAGGCGAAAUGAAAGUUUAUAUUAACGUCACUGACGUCAAUGACAACAAGCCUCAUUUUCUAAACACCGUCUACAACGUCAGUGUUAAUGAAACAGCUCCUGUAAAUGUAACCAUAGUUACAGUUUCUGCUACAGACCCAGACUUGAAUCAAAAUGGACAAGUUACUUAUAGAUUUAGUUCCAGACAAACUGACUUUGACGUGGUGAAUUAUUUCUCUGUAAGCUCAAGAAAUGGCAAUGUUUAUCCUAUUGUACCAUUAACGCCACUUCAAGGCCAGACCAAAAGUGUUAUCGUGGAAGCUAAAGAUGGAGGGAUUGAAUCUAAAAUAUCACAAUGUAUCGUCCAUGUUACAGUAUUAGAUAAUGUGAACACGCCCCCUGUCAUUCGACUGAAUCUAGUAUCAACUAAUCAUACAGUUGAUCUCAGUGAAGCGACCAGUGUCGGCUCCUUAGUCGCACAUUUCGUCACAGAAGAUGUGGAUUCUGGAAUAAAUGGGGACGUUUCGUGCCAAGUGCCAAAUUCUACUGAAUUUAGUGUCCGACAAAUCAAACCUGAUCAAUACAAAAUAAUACUGAAUCAGGUUUUAGAUCGCGAAGUUAAAUCUGAUUAUCAACUUACUUUGGUGUGUCAAGAUGGCGGACGGCCGCCAUUACAAACAAAAGUUAGUUUAACAGUUCUUCUGUAUGACGUCAAUGACAAUCCACCCGUUGUGGAACAAUCUGAAUAUUUUAUCAACAUAUCAGAAAAUAAUGAAAAUGGAUUUAAAUUAUUGCAAGUUCGAGCAACGGAUAAAGAUGUCGGAGAAAAUGGACACGUGAUGUACAAACUUGGCCAUGUUUCUGAGAUGACGUCAACAAUUCAAGUGAAUGAAACAACAGGUGACGUCAUUGUGUUAGGUUCUUUUGAUUACGAGGCUGAGAAGCACGUGAAUAUAUCUAUAAUAGCAGUAGACGAGGGAAUCCCGCCUCUUUCUGCUAUUGUAGACGUAUAUUUAACAAUAACUGAUGAAAAUGACAAUUCACCGUACUUCAAUGAACCUGUUUAUAUAUUUAACGUCAAAGAGAAUUCAGCCCCUGGGACUUUUGUGGGUAAAUUACUAGCUCACGAUGUAGAUAGUGGAAAUAAUGGCCGCCUUAAUUACAGGAUUAAAACUAAUUCUACUUCACCUUUUAUUUUAUCUAAAGACGGUUAUUUAUCAACUCAACAAACUCUGGAUAGAGAAAAACAAGCCUUUUAUAGUUUUAUCAUUACAGCUUACGAUCUGGGAGUUCCACAACAAUCUGGUGAUGUUCAAAUUAAUGUCUAUAUCUUGGAUGAAAAUGAUAAUAAACCUUUUAUUAGCUUCCCAAAUUCUUCUGUCGAUUCCAUCAACAUCUUUUACCAGACUGUUCCAGGAACCGAACUUCUCCAUGUAGAAGCCGUGGACGAGGACGAAGGAGAUAAUUCUAGAUUAAUUUAUCAACUAAAAUAUUCAGAAAAACCCGAAUAUUUUAUCAUCGAUCAGAUUUUUGGAGUUAUAUUUUUAAAUAAACAAUUGAGUUUAGAAGAUUGUGGUAAUGUUAGUGUAUCAGUGAUAGUUUCUGAUCGAGGUUUACAGUCGAAAUCUGUUAUUGUUAAUUUUACCAUGAUUAUAAUAGAAGGAAAUUCUACUUCUUUAGCUUAUAUUAAUCACACUGAACACAAUAUGUUGAUAGUUAUAAUAAUAGUUAGUAUAACUCUAAUAGUUGCUAUAUUAGUUCUUACAGUUGUUUUAUUAUUAAAACGCACUGAUAAACAAACACAUUUACAACAACUUUCUCAAUACGAUAUGAAGAAUCUUGGAGAUACGAUGUACAAGGAGGGUGUACAUGUUUACGAUAGUGGCGAGACAACUUUACACCUCAAGAGAGAAUCUUUAAAGGCUCCUCCACCCUCCAAUGACGAGUUAAUCGUCUUUAAAAUGAAACUAGCAGAGAAAUAUCAAGUGGAUGGCGGUGACUGUAGUUUUUCAAAGGAAACCGAGAUGAGUGAUGUGUUGAGUAGUGUAUCAGGGGAGACAAAUGGGUGUGACAGUGGGCGUGGUGCCAGUGAAGGUGAAGGUCAAGACGAUAGUGCUACAAGUGUUCCCAACAGUCCGAGAAAACAGAUGAUGACAUUUAAAGGUUCCAUUCAGCCGCCAUCUUAUUUUAGACUCGAACAGAUAAGAUCUGUUAACACUGCGACACCACCUAGUCACCAUCAUACCAGACUUAACGUGAAUGCAACAGAUAGUUUAAAAAUCAAGACUAGCGGAAAUGGACCAUCGGGUUUAAAUAAAGAAAAUUUAACACCAAAUAGUGAGACAUAUGACAAUCGAGACCCUUGUUUAAAACAUGUGUCAGAAAAUUAUCAAUAUUUAGACAAUUCAAAAUAUAAAUAUGAUAAUCGAAAUAAUAAACAAACGACUCAAAGUUUUAAUAAACAAAACAAUUUAAUAUUUACUCAAAAUGGCGACGGUUUUCAUCAAUAUAAUGACAAUAUAAAUACACGAUAUGGUGGAAGGACGGAAUUACGUCAUCAUAGAAUAAAUUAUAGAAAUAGUGACGUAUAUAACCACGAUAUAGACAUGUACAGUGUAGACACCGUGGACGAUGGACAUUCCACGACAACAUCGGGUAGUUACACCGUGGACAAUGAUCAAUUCGUGGAUGAUUUAUCUAUAUUUCCCGACGACAGCUACCACGUGACACACCUUGGUCAUAAUCCACAAGAUGUGUAUGUAUGAAUUGAAAGUAUCUGUGGCUUUGCGCAUGUGAUCGCGAUAUGAUGAAUAACAGUAACGUAUCUCAAAUCAUCAAGAGCGGUACCGUCUACCUGUAACAUCAGUUGAUGGAUAGCAUCCACGUCAACUUUUCAAGUUGGUGUCUACCGCGGAGGGGAACGAAACGCUCUACGGAAAAGUCUGAUAAUCUAGUAAUUCUAGACCUGACUGUUAGUGUUCAGACGAUAAAUGUUAUAACGCUUCCUCGAGGCGAAUGGAAGCUGGUUUUUGUCUUCAAGGACGGUUUUUAAGCAGGCGAAUGUCUCAGGACUAGGUAUAGACGGUGUUUUAAAGCUUCCUCUGUAGCAGGCGAAUGUCUCAGGACUAGGUUCAGACGGUGUUCUAAAGCUCUCUCUGUAGCAGGCGAAUGUCCCAUAAAUAGGUUCAGACGGUGUUCUAAAGCUCUCUCUGUAGCAGUCGAAUGUUCCAGAACUAAAAUCAGACGGUGUUUUAAAGUUAGAUUUAUCAGUUAUUAUGUCUGGCUAUAAUUAGAAUAUGACGUAAAGUGGAUAAUUAUACUGUGAUAUAGAUGUUGUUAUAGAAACACAUAUUAUACUUGAUGUUAAACAAUUGAUAUUAUAUGUCAUGAUAAACAAUUGAUAUUAUUCUUGAUAUUAGACAAUUGAUAUUACACGUUAUGUUGGACAUGUGCCAAGAAAAUGAAAUAACAAUUAACUAUUGAGUGGAUAUACCACAUUAUGUUUCCAGAUAAGAGUGGCGGUUUCAAGAUACUAAUCAAAUAACCAAGUCUUAAACUAACUUAAUUAUCAAUAUUCUUAUUGUAUUUUUAUUCAAACCAACGGUUUAAUAUCACCAUGGGAUGUCUAAUAUCUUUCUGUUUAAAUCAACGAUAUAAUAUCGCCAUGGGAUGUCUAAUAUGUUCAGUAAAUGUACAAUAAUACAUGUUUGGUUUUUUUUCUUCCAAGGUCGCCUAUUUGGGACAAUAAUAAGAUGGAGUAUAUUGUUAUAUUUUAUAUUAUACUGGAAGCUUAGUAAAUAUAUUGAGGGUUGACACUGUCGCUAUUUCUACAUCCUAAAAUUUCAUUUUCAAUUAUAACAAAACAAAGCAAAAACCCAUCCCAACACAUUUUUUGAUAAAAGUAAUUUAUUCUUCAUUCACGUAUAUAGAUAUUAUUUUAGCACUGACUUGUGUAUCUCUUAAAACAUCAGUUGUAAAUUUGGAAUACCACCGUGACGAAAACAUAAAGUCUACUGUUAUAACUAUUAUUUUGUUUAAUACUAACUUUAUUCAAUUUGAACCCAAACAAAGAAU